CUGGUCAGCGCUAACCACGUGAACGUGAACGCAUGUAUAAACAAAAUGACAGCCAAGACCGGUGGAUCUGUGAAGAUCUGUGGAAGAAAAACAUUGUCGUCUUUUAUGGAUUGUUAAUUGACAGUAGAUCGGAUUGAAGAAUCAAUGCCACUUGGUAGCAAGCCAGAAUGCGCGAAAUGCGGGACUCGCGAGACCCCUUUAUGGCAUUCGACCGAUGCCGGGAACUUGUGCAACGCUUGCUUAGAGGAUGAGCGGAAUGCUGAAGCGAAUUCGUCCUCCAAGGCAGACGAGGAGGAUAAAAGCGGUUCGCUAAAACCUAGAAGAAGCACCAGGAUCACGAGAUAUUGCAAUGCAAAAGCGACAGGACCGCAUAAAGUUGUACCUAAAGGCAAGGGUCGCAGGAAUUUGUUUAAGAAAACGCCUGUCAAAGCACCCACUGCUACUGCAACUCCAGUCACUAGUAAUUUUGUGUUUUAUAAAGGCACAUAUUUUCAAGUUGGAGAUAUAGUUUCCAUGCAAGAUAUAGAUGGUGGUAUUUAUUAUGCUCAAAUACGUGGCUUAUUGACAGAUCAAUACUGUGAAAAGAGCGCUGCUGUUACCUGGUUAUUGCCUACUACAGCAAGUCCACCGCCAGAAGAAGGUUUUAUUCCUGAAACAUACAUAAUUGGGCCAGAGGAAGAUUUACCACGCAAAUUAGAGUGUAUGGAAUUUGUCAUGCAUGCUCCGUCAGAUUAUUUUAAGUUAAAGAAUACACCCUAUCCACCUACACUUACAGAAAAAGGAAUUGGGUACAUAUGGACAACUCUUAAAAACGAAAUAACAAUAUCUAAAAAAUGAUAAUUGUUUUGGAACAUAAUUGAUGACUCAUGAAAAUAUAUCAUGUAUCUU